GGCUCUGGGGCAGUCAAGGGCACCUGGGGGCUCUCGCAGGCUCACAGGGCUCGACCCCAUGCCUGCUCCAUUUGGGGCUGGCCCCAUCUCCCCGCAGGCUCCCUGAUGGGCGACCUGGCCGUGAUGGUGACCCUGCUGCCCAGCCUGCCCGAGGCGGUGCCGGGCCAGAGCUCAGCCGGGGAGUUCAUCUUCCUGCUGGAUCGCUCCGGCAGCAUGCAGUGCCCCGUGGACGGCCGAGACUGCUCGCCUCAGCGCAUCGACAGCGCCAAGGAGACCCUGGUCCUGCUGUUAAAAAGUUUGCCCCUGGGCUGUUAUUUCAACAUCUACGGCUUUGGGUCUUGGUUUGAGUCCUUCUACCCGCAGAGCGUGGCAUACACCCAACAGACCAUGGCCAAGUCCCUGCAGCGCGUCCAGCAGCUCCAGGCUGACCUGUGGGGCACCGAGAUCUUGGCGCCGCUACAAGCCAUUUACCGCAGCCCCUGCCGGGACGGGCACCCGCGCCAGGUGCUGAGGGCAGCUGCAGGGCGUCCCAGGGAGUCGGAGAGGGGCUGGGGAGGGUUGGAGGAUGUCAGAAGGAAAUGGGGUGCUUUCCUUCGAUCCGGGCGUGAGGGGCUUUCAGGCUUCCCUUAUGGUUUCAAGGCACUCGCUACCCGCGCCCUGCCAGGCAGACACUUGGGAGCCAGCGUGUCCGGUCUUCAUCACGCGCGCCAGGUGACGUCGCACUUGUUUAUUUGCAGCACCAAGACCAGGGAUAGGACCCAGGUCCUGGUCCAGGUGCUGGUCUUCCCCCAGGUGCUACAGUCUCUGAAGCGGGCCCUGCAGCAGCCGGUGAUCCAGAUCAUACUCUGUUUGCUUGGGUAUGUCUGCAACGGUUCCUGCCUCCCCCCAUCCUCGACGCCCGCCAGGAAGGAACUGGGAGGGGACUGCCUCAGCUCAGG